AACAGACACAUACCAGCAGUAAUUUUUUUUUCUAUAUGUCAGCAACUCGGGAACUUUGCUAACUGUACCUGGGAGGGGUCUGGAGGGAAAAGGUGCUGGCUACAGGGCUGAGCACGCCCACCAAUCCCAUGGCACGCGGCUGACCAAGAGGAGGAUGGAGGAUUGAAUGUUCUCUCAACCUUCUUCCCAUGCAUCCCCUCACUUUCUCGCUCUGGGUCCUCUCUUUUCAUCACCCUCGGGCAAUCCCACCGCCCACACCCACGCUGGGUGGAGGGCUCAAAAGGGUCGUGCUCCCCCGGAAGACUGGCUUGCCCCGCGGCAUCUGCUGACCAGUGGGGUGCUUCGGCGGUGAGCCGCAUUGGGGCGAGCAGAGCUGCGGAGGGGUAAGAGGGGGCCGGACCUUUGGCCUGGGUCCCAGGGGGCGGUGCCAGGCGCGAACCGUCCCAGGUCCCUCCCAGGCGGGAGCAGCACAGGCGGUGCCCGGGUAGCGGCGGAGCCAUGGACGGCAGCGGGCCUUUCAGCUGCCCCAUCUGCCUGGAACCGCUCCGGGAGCCGGUGACUCUACCCUGCGGCCACAACUUCUGCCUCGCUUGCCUGGGCGCGCUCUGGCCGCACCGGAGCGCGGGCGGCACCGGUGGUUCCGGAGGUCCGGCUCGCUGCCCGCUUUGCCAGGAGCCUUUCCCCGACGGCCUGCAGCUCCGCAAGAACCACACGCUGUCCGAGUUGCUGCAGCUCCGCCAGGGCUCGGGCCCGGGCCCGAUGUCCGCCCCGGCUUCAGGCUCGGUCCCGGGCGCCACGCCCGAGCCCUCCGCGCCCAGCGCACCACCUCCGGCUCCGGAGCCUUCGGCUCCCUGCGCGCCGGAGCAGUGGCCCGCGGGUGAGGAGCCGGUGCGCUGCGACGCGUGCCCCGAGGGCGCCGCCCUGCCCGCCGCGCUCUCCUGCCUCUCCUGCCUCGCCUCCUUCUGCUCCGCGCAUCUCGCCCCGCACGAACGCAGUCCCGCCCUGCGCGGCCACCGCCUGGUCCCCCCGCUGCGCCGGCUGGAGGAGAGCCUGUGUCCGCGCCACCUACGGCCCCUGGAGCGCUACUGUCGCGUGGAGCGUGUGUGCCUUUGCGAGGCCUGUGCCACUCAGGAGCAUCGCGGCCAUGAGCUCGUGCCGCUGGAGCAGGAGCGCGCGCUUCAGGAGCGUGGUCCCCAGGUAGAGCAGUCCAAAGUCCUGAGCGCUGUGGAGGACCGCAUGGAUGAGCUGGGUGCCGGCAUUGCUCAGUCCCGCCGUACUGUGGCCCUCAUUAAGAGCGCAGCUGUGGCAGAGCGGGAGAGGGUGAGCCAGAUGUUUGCCGAGGCCACGGCCACCCUUCAGAGCUUCCAGACCGAAGUGCUGGGGUUCAUCGAGGAGGGAGAGACUAGUAUGUUGGGCCGGUCCCAGGGUGACCUGCGUAGACAAGAGGAGCAGCGCUGCCGCCUAAGCAGGGCUCGUCACAACCUCAGUCAGGUUCCAGAGGCGGAUUCAGUGAGCUUUCUCCAGGAGCUCCUGGCACUACGGCUGGCCCUAGAGGAGGGGUGCGGCCCUGGGCCUGGGCCCCCCAGGGAACUCAGCUUCACCAAGUCCUCCCAAGUGGUCAGAGCAGUGAGAGACAUCCUUGUCUCGGCCUGUGCCAGCCAGUGGGAGCAGCUGCGGGGGCUGGGCAGCGAUGAGGAUGGGCUACAGAAACCUGGCUCAGAAGCUGAUGUGGAGUCCCAGGACCCUGACAGCACCAACCUGCUAGAGAGUGAGGCUCCUAGGGAUUAUUUCCUCAAGUUUGCCUACAUCGUGGACCUGGACAGCGACACAGCAGACAAAUUCCUGCAGCUUUUUGGAACCAAAGGUGUCAAGAGAGUACUAUGUCCUAUCAACUACCCGGAGUCACCCACCCGCUUCACACACUGCGAGCAGGUGCUAGGAGAGGGCGCCUUGGACCGCGGCACCUACUACUGGGAGGUGGAGAUCAUCGAAGGAUGGGUCAGUGUGGGUGUCAUGGCGGAGGGCUUCUCCCCGCAAGAGCCCUACGACCGGGGCCGGCUGGGCCGGAACGCGCACUCCUGCUGUCUGCAGUGGAAUGGGCGUGGCUUCUCAGUCUGGUUCUGCGGGCUGGAGGCCCCGCUACCCCAUGCCUUUUCGCCCACGGUCGGGGUCUGUCUGGAGUAUGCCGACCAUGCCCUGGCCUUCUAUGCUGUUCGAGACGGAAAGUUGAGCCUUCUUCGGAGGCUCAAAGCCUCCCGACCUCGCCGCAGUGGUGCCCUGGCCUCCCCCACUGACCCUUUCCAGAGUCGCCUGGACAGCCAUUUUUCAGGGCUCUUCAACCACAGGCUCAAGCCUGCCUUUUUCCUGGAGAGUGUGGACGCCCAUCUGCAGAUUGGACCCCUCAAGAAAUCGUGCAUAUCCGUGCUGAAGAGGAGGUGAUGCGCGGCUGUGCCAUCCCGCAGCGGCUUUGCCCAUAUUUGUGGGAGAAGGCGCCAGCCUCAGACCCCCCCGCACCCCUCCCCCCGCACAAGCUGCCUUUCUUCUCGAAGCCUCCGCUUCUGUAACUAGACCUUCCACUUCGCAAGGUAGGGGUCUCCAGCCCCUGCUCCUUGCAGGGCUUGUUUUGAGAACAGAUCUUUUUAGCUGGGACAAUUCCAGUCUGUCCCAGCCCCUUCUUUUCCAGGUCUCUAGAACUACCUGGCACAUAGUAGGUGCUCAAUAAACAUUUGUUGAAUGAA